ACUUUAUUCUUUUUGUUCAUCUGGAAUGGACCAACCUCAGAAUGACCUGUCUUUGGUCAAGAUCAUCACCCUUGGGCUGGGUGCUCUAAUCAGCUGGUUGUUCAUCAGUUGGUUCUCUGCGCCAAAGGGAAAAAAAUUCACUGUCAAACCACCUGCCCCUACUUCUUCUGACUGGAAAGGACCUGUGCUCAACAACCCUUCUUUAAGAAGUGCCUCUGAUCCUACUAAUAUCGUAUGCUAUGACCCUGCUACCGGACAACACAUUGAAGAUAUCCGUUCCCCUUCCCCUGAAGAUGUAAAGAUUAUUUAUGAAGAAGUCAAGGCCGCACAGGUCGAGUGGGCCAAGACGACUUUUGACCAACGCAAGGCUGUCCUGACUAGUAUUCUUGACUUUGUAAUCGAAAACCAAGAAGAUAUUUGUCGCGCCAGUUGCAGAGAUACCGGAAAGACCAUGAUUGAUGCUUCUCUCGGAGAAAUCUUUACUACUUGUGCUAAACUCAGAUGGACAAUUGACCAUGGUGAGGAAGCUUUGGCCGAGGAUCACCGUAGCCCUGGUUUGAUGAUGAUUUACAAGACCGCAAAGGUUGUGUAUCAGCCCAUGGGUGUUGUUUCUGCCUUGGUUAGCUGGAACUAUCCUUUCCACAAUGCUUUUGGUCCCGUGAUUUCUGCCCUGAUGUCUGGAAACGGCAUCAUCGUCAAGUGCUCUGAAUAUGUUGCCUGGUCUUCUGCUUACUACCAAGAGAUCAUCCACGCCUGUCUCAAGGCUCACGGAUACGAUACCAACCUUGUCCGCUUUGUCUCUGGUUUCGCUGAUGUCGGUGAAGCCGUUGUCCGCUCGGGUGUCAACCACGUCACAUUCAUCGGUUCUCCUGGUGUCGGCAAAAUCGUCCAGCGCAACGCAUCCGAUCUCCUGGUUCCCUGUUUGCUUGAGUUGGGUGGCAAAGACUGUGCUAUUCUGUUAAAAGACACCGAUCUUGACCACGCCAUGCCGGUCCUGAUGCGCGGCGUGUUCCAGAACUGCGGCCAGAACUGUGUUGGUAUCGAACGAAUCAUUGUUGCCCAGGAAAUCUAUGACAAGGUUGUGGAAGAAAUGAGUGCAAGAAUCGUACGUCUCCGUCAAGGAUCUGUUUUGGCUGAUGGUUCUGGCGUUGACUGUGGAGCAAUGACGAUGGGUAACCAGUUUGAGAAAUUGGAAGGUUUUGUUAAGGAUGCUGUUUCCAAAGGAGCCCGUUUGUUGCAUGGCGGAAAGCGAUUCCACCACCCGAUUCACAAGUCUGGCCAGUACUUUGAGCCCACUCUUUUGGUAGACGUUACUGCCGACAUGGACAUCGCCAACGAAGAAACCUUUGCGCCCAUCAUGGUCAUCAUGAAGCAUACUGGUCCUGAGGAUGCCGUCCGUGUUGCUAACCUCUGUCCCUAUGGUCUUGGAUCGUCUGUCUUUUCUGCCGACAAAGCCUUGGCCGAAAGUAUCUGCCGCAAACUCAGGGUCGGAAUGUCGAAUGUCAACGAUUUCGGUGUCAACUAUCUCUGCCAAAGUCUGCCUUUUGGUGGUGUCGGUAUUUCUGGUUACGGUCGCUUCUCUGGUGCUGAAGGUCUUCGUGGUUUGUGCACACCAAAGGCUAUCACAGUUGACCGCGUUCCGUUUGUCAAGACUCCCAUCCCUCCUAUUGUCGACUACCCUGUCAAGAGUGCCUUUGUUGGAUACGGUUUCCUCCAGAAUGUGGUUGGCAUGACCUAUGGUACCAGCCCUGUCGAAAGAGCCAAUUCUAUCGUUGGUAUUAUCAAGGCUUUCUUCUAAACCCUCCAAAAAAAAAGACAGAUACAAACAUAUGUUUAUCUGAUUUCUGUCGUCUUUUUCUAUUUCUUUCUUUAAAAUAUAUAUAUAAGAAAGACAUACAAUUACAUGUCUGCCUUACCCGUCCUCUUCUUAAUUACCACCCCUUCCCUCUUUUACUUUAUUUUUUCCCUCCUUAUUAUUACAUUAAUAAACAUUUUCAAACAAAGC